CAGACACCCCCCGGCCCCCCGCCCGUCCAGCCCGGACCCCCCGAACCUUUUUGAGGAGAAACCCGAGCAAAGCACCAGCAUCGGCCAGAUCCAACCCGAGCUCUACCAACCCGGCGAGGGCGACGCUCGACGCGGGGGCUCGGGGGGCUCCGGGGGGGGGACUCCCUGCGGGAGGCUGAGCGUCGCCUUGCGCUACGCCUACGGCACCGAGCAGCUGGUGGUGAGGGUCCUGCGCGCCCGCGACCUCCCCGCCAAGGACGCCAACGGCUUCUCCGACCCCUACGUCAAGAUGUACCUCCUGCCCGACCGCAAGAAGAAAUUCCAGACCAAGGUGCACCGGCGGACGCUCAACCCCGUCUUCGACGAGACCUUCAGCUUCGGGGUGCCCUUCGCCGAGCUGCCCGCCCGCCGCUUGCACUUCAGCGUCUACGACUUCGACCGCUUCUCGCGGCACGACCUGAUCGGGCAGGUGGUGCUGGAUAACCUGCUGGAGGCGGCCGAGCGCGACGGCGAGACCCCCAUCUGGAGGGACAUCCUGGAGGCCACCGCGGAGAAGGCGGACCUGGGGGAGGUGAACUUCUCGCUGUGCUACCUGCCCACGGCCGGGCGCCUGACGGUCACCGUCAUCCGCGCCUCCAACCUGCGCGCCAUGGACCUGACCGGCUUCUCGGACCCCUACGUGAAGGCCUCGCUGAUGGCGGAGGGCCGGCGGCUGAAGAAGCGCAAGACGUCCAUCAAGAAGAACACCCUGAACCCCAGCUACAACGAGGCGCUGGUGUUCGACGUCCCGCACGAGAGCGUGCACCACGUCAGCCUCACCAUCGCCGUGGUCGACUACGACUGCAUCGGGCACAACGAGGUGAUCGGGAUGUGCCGGGUGGGCAGCGACGCCGAGGGGCCGGGCCGCGAGCACUGGGCCGAGAUGUUGGCCAACCCCCGCAAACCCAUCGAGCACUGGCACACGCUGGUCGAGGAGAAGGCGCUGGGGCUGGCGGCCAAGGGGGCGGCGCGGGACAAACCCAGCAUCGUGGUGGAGCCCGACUGAGCCGGCGGCGGGGCCGGCCCGGCCGGGGGGGCCCCACACCGAAGCCAUAGGGGCCCCCCCCGGGCCCCCGGCCCCUGCCCUGCACGACAAGGGGGGGCCCGGCCCCCCCCCACUGUGAACCCCGGCGCCUGGGGGGGGCCUGGAGGGACCCAGGAGCCCCCCCCAUGUGUGUGAAUGUGGGGGGGGGGGCACCCCAAUGUGUUUCUACGCCCCCCCCCC